AUGGAUGGAAGUCCUCCACCUCCUGCACCUCUUCAACCUCAUUGGAACCCCACCGUUUUUGCCUUGGUCGGUUCCAUUUGCAUGCUAUUCCUCAUCUUUAGCUACUACAAGUUACUCAACCGAUGUUCUUCAGCUUUCUCUUUCUCCCGAAACCAGAUUGACCAACCAGAGGCUUCCCAAAAUCCAUCUCAUGAGCAUCAGCUGUAUGCGAGUAGUCAAGGGCUAGAUUCUUGCAUCGUGCAUUCCCUUCCAAUCAUUUGUUAUCGGAAGAACAAGGCCAAUGGGAAUUACGAUGAAUUAGAGCUAGGAAGGAUGAUUAAAACAGAGUGUUGCGCGGUUUGUUUGACCGAGUUCGAAGAUGGGGACUGGCUCAGACAUUUGCCCACAUGCUCUCACGCAUUCCAUGUCGCCUGUAUUGACGAGUGGUUUCGAAUUCACUCCAGUUGCCCGCUAUGCAGAUCGCCCGCGUUCGAUCCUAGUCCUAGUGCCGUUGGACAACAAUACGAGAGGUCUUCUGAAUUUUUGCUAAACACACUCGCCAGGGAAGAUUUCAUUCAUCACAGAUCAUGA